UGACCUCCCUUAGGAACAUGUUGCUAAGCGGGUGUUUUUGCUCCCAGAGCUUCAGCCUCCCAGGGAGCAGCCCUGGGUCCGCCCCAACGUUCAGCCUUUCCCUUUGGACUCUUUCAGAAGAUUCGACAGCAAGACUCCGUCUCUCCCCACUUUCCUUUCAUCCAGGAAGCGGAAUCUGCAAAGCGCUUUGUAAAGUUGCUUAAGGAGCAGACACUGCAGCCAAAAUGAAUCCCAAGGAAGAAAAAGUGAAAAUAAUCACAGAGGAGUUCGAUGAAAAUGAUGAGGAUGCAGGUGUGGGAGGCCAGAAGAAGACCUCAAAGAUGGCAAGACAGAAAAGGAAGAAACCGCUGCCCGCCGCUGGCCCCGAGGAAAUGGUGUCUGAAAAUCCCCACCUAGGCAACCAGCCGGAGCCCCUGCAGGAAGAUUCUGACACUCGCCCCCUGAGCAUGACCACCCGUCGAGGCCCCAGGAGCUUACCUCCAAUUCCUUCAGCUUCCAGAACGGGCUUUGCAGAAUUUUCCAUGAGGGAACGCAUGAGGGAGAAAUUGCAGGCUGCCAGGUCCAAAGCAGAAAGCACGCUGCUGCAGGAAAUCCCCACCCCUCGGCCUAGGCGCUUACAGAGUCCUGGUGAGAAAGAACUGGAGACCGAAUUUGGUGCGGAGCCAGGGGAGGAGGCACAAAAGACUCAACAAGAAGAUGAUUCCCAGAGUCGCUCGAGAGUAAAGUUCCGUGAUUCUGUACGAAAAAUCAAGACUAAACCCCCGGUCCCACCUGGCUUCCCUUCUGCCGAAGAAGCCUAUAACUUCUUCACUUUCAACUUUGAUCCUGAACCGGAGGAAUCAGAGGAAAAACCAAAAGCAAAAAAUAGAGAUGGAACUACCCAAGAGGAGGAGGAAGGAGAGGAAGAAGAGCCACCUGUGCAGGGAACCCACAAACCGGAUGAACAAUUGCUGAUUAGUGCUACAGAGGCCGAGGCUUUUCUGUGGGGCUUAGAUCACGCAGCUGCGGAUUUUGUGGCAGUCAGACCUGCAGAUUAUGAAAGUGCCCACGUCCGACUACAGAUGGAAAAAGAACUCCUGUUCGUGCCCAGCAGGCUGACAGUGCCUACGUAUAAAAAGCUUCCCGAGAACGUACAGCCCAGAUAUCUGGAAGACGAAGGCCUGUACAUCGGCACAAGACCGGACGUGCCUCGCACCUGUCAGAACAUCAUGGAGAACAGGUUGCUGACACAGGAACCUGGAAGAAGGUGGUUCGGAGACGAUGGGCGAAUUGUAGCACUGCCAAACCCCAUCAAGCCAUUUCCUUCAAGACCACCGGUGUUGACACAGGAGCAAGACUUCAGGGCAGAACUUGAAACAUUGUAUAAAAAGGCGGUAAAAUAUGUCCACAGAAGUCAGCACAUGAUUGGGUCUGGAGACUCCCCGGGAAAUUUCCAACUGGACAUUGAUAUUUCAGGGUUAAUCUUCACUCAUCAUCCCUGUUUCAGCCGCGAGCAUGUUUUGGCAGCCAAGCUGGCCCAGUUAUAUGACCAGUACCUGGCAAGACACCAGAGAAACAAGGCAAAAUUUCUUACUGACAAGCUCCAAGCUCUAAGAAAUGCUGUUCAGACAGGACUUAACCCAGAAAAAACUCAUAAGUCUCUUGACACGACCCAAAAAACUAUCAAUGAGUAUAAAUCUGAAAUUCGGCAAACAAGAAAACUGCGUGACGCUGAACAAGAAAAAGAUCGAAUGUUGCUUAAAACCAUCAUCAAAGUUUGGAAGGAGAUGAAAUCCCUUCGAGAAUUUCAGAGGUUUACAAAUACACCCUUGAAACUUGUUUUGAGAAAGGAAAAGGUUGACCAGAAAGCAGACGAAGAAGCGUACGAAGCAGAAAUUCAAGCCGAAAUAAGCGAGUUGUUGGAAGAACACAUGGAAGAGCACGAGCAGAAGAUGGAAGCGUACAGAGCCGCGUACCAGCAGUGGAAAGCCUGGAAGAAAGCCCAGAGGGCCAAGAAGAAGAAAAAGAAGCAAGCAGUCGAAGAGCAUCCUGAAGAGGAGAUGGGGGAGCCGUAUCCUGAGGAGGAUCCGGUGAAACCGGUCCCCCCGGAGCCCACCGAUCGGGCCCUGAUGGAGCACCAGGUGAGGGAGAGGGCAGCCCGGAGCAGGAGAAGGCCUGGGGAGCCGCUGCUGGUCCCCGAGCUGAGCCUGGCAGGGAGCGUCACGCCCAACGAGCAGUGUCCCAGGGUGGAAGUCUUGCGAAGGGAGGACGUCAAGAGACGCUCAAUAUAUCUAAAGGUGAUCUUCAACGACAAAGAAGUGUCCAGGACCGACAGUAGGCCCCUCGGGGCAGACUUCCGAGUUCACUUUGGACAGAUUUUCAAUCUGCAAAUAUUCAACUGGCCAGAGAGUUUGACACUGCAGGUAUACGAAACAGUUGGACACAGUGGCACCACUUUGCUGGCAGAAGUGUUUCUGCCUGUUCCUGAAACGACCAUUGUCACUGGAAGGGCUCCCAUUGAAGAAGUGGAGUUUAGCAGUAACCAGCAUGUGACCCUGGACCACGAGGGUGUUGGAAGUGGUACGGAAAGCUCAUUAUCCUCAGUGGCUCACGGUUUUACUGUCAGAUUUGAACAUAACUUUUUUUUUUUCGUUUUCAAACAACCAGGAAUGCCCUUCUCGUUUGAAGCUGAUGGUAGCAAUCAGCUGAUUCUCAUGACCUCGGGGAAAGUGUCCAACAGCGUGGCAUGGGCCAUUGGAGAAAAUGGGAUCCCUUUGAUUCCUCCACUGUCACAGCAGAACAUCGGAUUUAGAAGUGCUUUGAAGAGAGCAGAUGCCAUCUCGUCCAUCGGCACAUCGGGACUGACAGACUUGAAAAAGUUGGCCAAGUGGGCAGCAGAGUCCAAGCUCGACCCGAAUGACCCCAACAAUGCCCCUUUGAUGCAGCUAAUCUCGGUUGCUACUAGCGGUGAAUCCUACGUCCCUGAUUUCUUUCGACUGGAACAGCUGCAGCAAGAAUUUAACUUUGUUUCAGAUGAGGAGUUAAAUAGAUCCAAACGAUUCCGGCUUCUUUGUCUUCGAAGCCAAGAGGUGCCAGAAUACCGAAAUUACAAGCAAAUUCCAGCAUAUGACCGGGAAAUUAUGGAGAAGGUAUUCCAGGACUAUGAGAAACGGUUACGAGACAGAAAUGUAAUUGAAACCAAGGACCACAUAGAUCCCCAUAGGGCCAUGGUAGCCAAGUACCUCCAACAGGUUAGAGAAUCAGUGAUCAAUCGUUUCCUAAUUGCAAAACACCGUUUUCUUCUUUCGGAUUUGAUAGUAGAAGAAGAAGUUCCCAAUAUCAGUUCUGAAGGCUCAGGCAUUUUGGGGCUAAGCCUUUUCAAGCUGGCAGAACAAAAGCGACCACUGAGGCCAAGGAGAAAAGGCCGGAAGAAGGUGACGGCCCAGAACCUGUCCGACGGAGACAUAAAGGUGCUGGUGAACAUUAUCCGGGCUUAUGACAUUCCUGUGAGGAAGCCGACAGCAAGCAAAUUCCAGCAGCCAUCAAGGUCUUCAAGGACUUUCAGCGAAAAGCAUGCUGCCUCCCCAACCACACACAGCCCAACCCACAGUGCUGACUACCCCCUCGGCCAGGUUUUAGUACGUCCUUUUGUAGAAGUUUCUUUUCAACGAACGAUUUGCCAUACAACUACAGCUGAAGGACCAAACCCCAGCUGGAAUGAAGAACUUGAACUUCCAUUUAGGGCUCCCAAUGGAGACUACAGCACAAGCAGUUUGCAGUCAGUGAAAGAUGACGUGUUCAUUAACAUUUUUGAUGAAGUGCUCUAUGAUGUCCUCGAGGAUGACCGUGAAAGAGGAAGUGGAAUCCACACCCGUAUUGAGAGACACUGGUUGGGAUGCGUGAAGAUUCCAUUUAGCACGAUAUAUUUCCAAGCCAAGAUCGAUGGGACAUUUAAAAUAGACAUUCCCCCCGUUCUCCUGGGCUACAGUAAGGAACGGAGCAUGAUUAUCGAGCGGGGUUUUGACUCCGUGCGAAGCCUGAGUGAAGACUCCUACAUCACCCUGUUUAUCACCAUGGAGCCUCAGCUGGUUCCCGGGGAGUCGGUUCGAGAAAAGAUGAGUGACGUACUUAAAAAGUUUGAUUCUCAGGAAGACGAGAAAUUGCUACAAGCAACGGAGAAGUUUCAAGCUGAAUGUGCCUUAAAGUUUCCACAUCGUCAAUGCCUCACGACAGUGACUGACAUAAGUGGAAAAACCGUCUUUAUCACUCGUUACCUCAAGCCAUUAAACCCUCCACAGGAGCUCUUGGAGGCCUGCCCCAACAACCCACAAGCAACGGCAGAACUGGUGGCCCGGUAUGUGUCAUUGAUUCCUUUCUUGCCUGACACUGUUUCAUUUGCUGGCAUCUGUGACCUGUGGAGCACAUCUGACCAAUUUCUUGAUCUCCUGGCCGGAGACGAAGAAGAGCAUGCGGUUUUACUAUGUAAUUAUUUUCUCUCCCUGGGUAAAAAGGCCUGGCUGGUGAUGGGCAGUGCUAUUCCUGAGGGUCCAACUGCCUAUGUUCUAACUCGGGAGCAAAGUCACUAUUUAAUAUGGAAUCCCUGCAGUGGACAUUUUUAUGGACAAUUCGAUACAUUCUGUCCCUUAAAAAGUGUGGGCUGUUUAAUAGGUCCCGAUAAUAUUUGGUUUAAUAUUCAACGACAUGACUCUCCACUACGGAUAAAUUUUGAUGUCACCAAGCCCAAGCUAUGGAAGUCUUUCUUUUCAAGAAGUCUUCUAUAUCCUGGCCUUUCCAGUGUUCAGCCAGAAGAACUAAUUUACCAGCGCACAGACAAAGCGGCCGCAGCUGAGCUACAAGACAGGAUUGAAAAAAUACUCAAAGAGAAAAUCAUGGACUGGCGGCCACGGCAUCUGACCAGGUGGAACAGGUACUGCACCUCCGCGCUACGACACUUCCUGCCUCUGUUAGAGAGAAGCCGAGGAGAGGACGUGGAAGACGACCACAGAGGAGAGCUGCUCAAGCAGCUGGGAGACUACCGGUUCUCUGGAUUUCCCCUUCACAUGCCCUAUUCUGAACUGAAGCCUUUAAUUGAAGCAGUAUAUAGCACUGGAGUACAUAAUAUUGAUGUUCCUAAUGUUGAAUUUGCUUUAGCUGUAUAUAUCCACCCAUACCCCAAAAAUGUUUUGUCUGUUUGGAUCUAUGUUGCCUCUCUCAUACGCAACAGGUAACUUUUUUCAUCGUAUACUUUUUGUAUCAUGUAGAAACUAUUUCAUAGGACAAUAAUCUUAAGUGAUAUUGAUCACAUCAGAAGGAAGAAAUUAUUUGUAAAUAAUGAAAAUGAUCGUUUUCAAAAUAAAUGUUUUUAUUUAGUAGUC